GACCAGGGCUGUUUACCAGCAGACGUGGAGGGGAGCUGAGCGAAGGCGCGGAUGGAGCGGAGCUGCGAGGGGUCUUGAGACGCAAUGGCCACAGAAGCCCCUGUGAACAUCUCACCGCUUGACCACAACAGUGCUGCCGGCCCGGCAGCUGACACCUUCCUCUGGCAGCACAGACCAGUGACCAUGCAUGUCAUAAGGCCCAAGUCCGCCAAGGGCCGAACACGGCCCAGCCUCCACGCAGCCCAAGGCGCGGCAGCGAGCUCCAGCCACACACCUUCUGCUCCACCCCAGCCGGCUCCCUGUGAGCCACUGACUAGCCGGAAGCCCGGGGCCUGCACCCCCAGAUCUCCAGCCCAUGGUGCUCCCAACGAGAUCCCCGAGCUGCUGCAGCAACAGGUGCCCUUUGGGGCCUCCUCCGCCUCCUCGCUCAAUAAAUACCCAGUCCUCCCUUCCAUUAACCGGAAGAGUCUGGAGGAACAGGUUGGGGAGAUUCACAGGGCCAGCUCUCUGCAGCUGAAGCCAAGGAAAGAAGAUGCCAGAGCUGGGGCUUGGCCCUCGGAGGAGAAAGUCACCAUCCGAGCCAAGCAGCAGGGCUCCUUCAGGGCUGGAAACUUAGAGGAACCUUCGGACCAAGAGCCCAGGCUGCUGCUUGCUGUCAGGUCCCCGUCCGGCCAGAGGUUUGUCCGCCACUUCCGGCCAACGGAUGCCUUGCACACGGUGGUCGCUGUGGCCGAGCAGAAGAACAAGACCACCUACCCUUGCUGCAGCAUCGAAACGAUGGAGGUACCCCGGAGGAGGUUCUCGGACCUCACCAGAUCUCUGCAGGAGUGCCAGAUCCCCCAUAAGUCCGUGCUGAGCAUCUCCCAGGAAGACGGGGCUGACUGGCCCUGAAUCGGCAGCCAGCCAGACGGGAUGCUGGGCGUCUAAGCCAGGAGUGUGCUCAGCCCCGCGGCCUCACACAUGCCAUGUGGACCAGGUGCAGCUCCCAUGCCGGGCACGCUUGUCUUCACAGCAUCUUCUGUGGAGUGGGGGGAUCUUUACACACCCCGAGUGGGGUAGCAGACCUGCUUCCUGGUGGCCAGAACCUCUCGGCCCCUGUGGGGCUGCCAGGCUACGUGGGCCAAUCCUGAACCAGCUGCCACUGGGUCCGUUUCUUUCCUCUCUAAAUGAAUGGCCCUUUCUGGGGCCUCUACUUGCCUUUGAUGAUGAAUGUUCCCUCUCGAAGCCGAUGGUUUGCCUGUUGUCUGUAUCGGCCACGGGAUUGAAAGCCCCGGAGAAGACUAGCCAGGCGUCUGGGACUGUCUGACCGGCAGUUGCAUCCCGUGAGUAUCUUCCAGAAGCAGGCAGUUGCCCCUCGGUCUCUGGAAGCAGCUCUCCCUUGGUGGUGGGCUCAGGUCCUCCAGGCUCCCCAGGAUGCUGUUGGUGUCGGGUGACAUCGGGGAGCGGAGCAGGGCCCCCCAACACAUCAGCAGCUCUCCCGUCUCUAGGUAGAGUGCUCCAGGUGCAUGGGCAAGCCAGCAGGUACUUUUUCAUAGAGGCUGGCUGCCUUCACCACCGUCCAUGCGCCACAUUCUCCCCAGACGAGGAAACCCAGGGGCAGCUGAUUUCCUCUGCUUUGGUCAGGAACAGAAACUUUCUUUUAAAAACGCACAUGCCUACAGCCUUCCACAGCUCGUGGAAGGUCCCCUUGGCCUGUCUGUGGUGUGGUUCAGGUCCUUCACCGCCCCACCCCCCGGGCCCAGUGUCUCACCCACUUCAGACAAGGGGGCUCCUUCAAAGCAGCCCUGGUGGCACCCCUGUGCUCUGAGCGCCCUUGGGUGGCUUUGCUGAAAGCCCAUGUGCUCAGGCGUCUGGCUACCAGGUUUGAAGUGACCACUACAUCCUGUAGCUUCUUUGAAUACCAGGAAGUCUUGCUUUUUGCCAACUCGGAAGUGGUGAAUGUGAACAAUUUGCCAAAACGCCCUCGUAGUGCGAAGUCAGCAAGAUUGCCACCGCUCAUCGGCAGCAUCUCCGAAGGCCACUGCACAGAGUAGGGACCACUCUGCAGCCCUGCCGCGCAGCUGUCCACCAGAAUACAGCCAUCGCCAUGCCCCACGUACCAGCAUGUGCCCACCACCUCCCGGACACCCAGAGAAGGCAGGCAUCAGGGGUUCUAGACUCGUGCCCCUGUGGCUUCCUCUGCAGCACAUGCACACGUGCACUGAGGACACAGAGAAGGAGUGUGAUAGGCGUUUGCUACUUCUAGCAAAUUGAGACUUCCUAGCAGUGGAGAGUCCCGGCAGGGGAGCCUCUGAAGAAGGGUGGGUCUGUGACCUGGGUCCCACAGCACUCCUAUCACCAUAGAACAGGUUCUACCUGGAAGCUUUGCAGGAUUUCUCAGGACUGACCUGACUUGGCCAGCCACUCUCUGGAUUGGUAAGGUCACCUGGGCCUUGUGGUACCUCGGGCAGGCCCACAUCACUGGCCACCCCUUCCAGGCUGCCCCUGAUAGCGGGCUGGUGGCAGGUGGGUGCCUUGAGCUGGGGACUCUCAAGAUAGGCAUUUUGCCUCUCACCUAGGAAUUAACCACGUAGCUCUGCCUUUGAUCUUAGAGGCUGGGGGAGGAUCUAUAAGAUGACUCCCACUCUGGUAAGAAUAAAAUCCCACCCACCUAAGACAUGAUAUUUCUGCCAGGCAGGAGAGCUUCCAAGAAAAUCAGCGAGAUAGAGCAGGCUUGAAGGCGUGGAGAGGCCUCCAUGUCCCAGGGUUGGUGACUGCCACCAUCUGGCUUAACAGUGGCCAGUGUGGUGGGAAAAGACAACAUGGGAGGGGAGGAGCAUCACCAUGGGAUCUGAGAUGUGAAUAAAGCUAGCGUUGAACCAUCUUAAUGAUUGUGGGGUUUGGGUUUUUGGUUUUUUUUUAGACAAAAUAUGAUAAUCCUAACAAUAAAAUGUCGUUUGU